ACUAAAUUGCAAUUAAACCAUUAAAAAACCGGUCCUCACUCAAAUCCUAUCUCUCCGAAAUCCAAAACUCUUUUGCUCAAUCGUCUUCUCCAACUUCUCUCUUUCGUCCCAUAACUCCAAUGGCGUCAAUCCUCUCUUUCUCAAACGUAAUCGGAUUCUCGGACAACAACUCCCUUUUCUCAUCUUCUCUCUGUAAACUAAACUCCAGGUCAAAUAUAGUUGAAAUCAAGACAUUUUCGCUGCACAACGGUUGUCGAAAAAUUGGAAAUGACCAUACAUAUUUUCGAUUAUAUGCACUUUUUGGAGGGAGGAAGGAAAAUAAUGAGAAAAAUGACUCUGCAACUUCUAAGGUAACUCUGUCUGGAAACCAGCAACCCAUACGGACAGAUGCUAAGCAAUGGAGACGAGAACAUGGUGAUAGUAAGAAUAGAAAUGAAGUGCCUCAAAAUGCUGAUUUUCCUCGGCAUUAUUCAAGAAAGGAGAAGAAGCCUUUUCCAGUUCCCAUUGUAGAACUGCGACGGGCAGCUAGGGAGAGGAUAAAGAAGAUGAAAGAUGAGCCAAGGAGAAAACCAUUGCCGCCGCCAAAGAAUGGUUUGCUAGUGAAGAACCUGAUACCAGAUGCACAUGAUGUGUAUAAUGCUAGGAUCACUUUGAUUAAUAAUAUAAAGAAGCUGCUCAAAGUAGUACCCGUGCAUGCUUGUGGGUGGUGCAGUGAAAUCCAUGUAGGCCCUGUUGGACAUCCGUUCAAGUCAUGUAAAGGUUCACAAGCGAACCUCCGCAAGGGCCUUCAUGAAUGGACAAAUGCACAUGUUGAAGACAUAUUAAUACCGGUUGAAGCCUAUCACCUCUAUGACCGCCUUGGAAAGCGGAUUACUCAUGAAGAGAGAUUCUCCAUCCCUCGGAUUCCAGCAGUGGUUGAGCUCUGCAUUCAAGCUGGCGUUGAGAUUCCAGAGUUUCCCACAAAAAGGAGAAGAAAGCCAAUAAUCCGUAUUGGGAGGAAGGAAUUUGUGGAUGCUGAUGAAAGUGAACUACCAGAUAGAGUCCCAGAUAAACCUAUUAAACCGUUACUAGCUGAAAUACCAGAUUCAGAAAUAGUUGCUCCAGUGAACAAGGAGGAAAUAGUCCACCUUGCCGAGGAAACACUCCAAGCAUGGGAACAAAUGAGGAGAGGUGCCAAGAGAGUAAUGAGGAUGUACCAUGUGAGGGUCUGUGGAUAUUGCCCUGAAAUUCAUGUUGGUCCCAACGGAACCAAAGCUCAAAACUGUGGGGCACACAAACACCAGCAACGCAAUGGGCAGCAUGGUUGGCAAUCUGCAGUGCUCAAUGACUUAAUACCGCCGAGAUUUGUGUGGCAUGUCCCUGAUGUAAACGGACCACCGCUGGAACGAGAGCUUAGGAAUUUCUACGGACAGGCGCCAGCUGUAGUCGAAAUGUGCAUUCAGGCUGGUGCUGAGUUACCAGAACAAUAUAAAUCAACCAUGCGCCUUAAUGUUGGGAUCCCUUCAACUCUUCAAGAAGCUGAAAUGGUAGUUUGAGAUUUAAAGUGUAAAUUGCAUGUUGUAUGUAGAAGGUCAAAAGAAUAGCAUUAUGUGGUUAGUCCUGGCUGGGGUAUUUUUUCAGUUAAACUGAACACACUUUUUGUAUGGUCAACUGUUAGCAUAUUGCAGAAGAUCUACAACAUUGGUGUCAGAUUGAUUAACCUCAAUUAUGAAAGGCCUGUGCUCUGAUAUUGUAAUGUUUUAAGAUCCAUGUGUUGUAAAAGAAUGACAUGGUUUUGAUCUAAUAGGUAAAGGUAAAUCUUGGAACA